AUGGCGGCCCUAGAAUUGUCUGGGGGCGGCCCGAAUAGAUCGUCUCCGAACAACACAUGGGGGCAGCGUCUACCCUUCAGAACCGAGGAAGGGCUACUUCGGCUCCCUGAGAUGGAGAACCUUUGCCAAGAUGGUGGACGCGAGGCCGGGCUGGCGUCACCGUCCUUUACCAAGAUGGCGGCGAGCAGCUUCCGGCAUGCGCUUCCCCCAAUCCUCUUCAAGAUGUCAGAGCAGAGGCGGCCGCUACUAGCGUCUGAGCGCUGCCUGAGGAGUGAGUGGCUGCGGCCUAGCGCCCGGGCAGGGACUAGGCGGAGCUGCGGCAGCCUCCGCCCCCGUCAUGAGCUGGCGGCGCCUCCUUCUGCCGCCGCCGCCGCCUCGCAGACUCGGGGAAAAGGGUGGGGGACGGUCGGAGCGCGGGGGAGGGUGGGUUCUGCUUUGCAACUUCUCUCCCGAUGGGAGAGCGCGGCGGCGGCUGCAGACUGGGCCGCCCAGACGUUGCGGCGGUGGGAGACCUGCCGGCACGCGACUCCCCUCGGGCCAAGAGUACGUAAGCGUCGACCCCCUCUUCUGCCCUCCCCUCCGUAUGCCUCCCCAGAGGGCGUGUCUGGCGGUCCGGCCCCGAGAGCGGCCGACACGCUGCGGCACCGUUUCCGUGCAACCCUAGUAGCCCGCGCUAAGUACCCGGCCAGCUCUGGAGUGGGUCGGGAGUCGCGGAGCUGGGCGGGGGCGGGAAGGAGGCAGCGAGAAGGCAAACUAGAGAAACUCGGCUUCCCUCCCAAGCCCGCCCCAGAGAGACCAGGUCAGUUCUCGCCGCCUCUCCUUCUUGCCGGGGGGUGGGGGGGUGAGGGGGGACUAGGAGAAGUCCUGCGCGCUCGGGGGGCGGCGGCCGGCCGCUACGUCCCGGGCCAUGCCGGGGGCCGGGGGCGUGUAGGCGCCGUCGGGGCCCCGGUGGCUGGGCCCCGGAGGGCGUGGGGGCGGGGGCUGCAGCCUCCUCUGCAGUUGCCGAGCGUCGCCAACAGGUUGCACCGUUCCCCGCCGCCGCGCGGCCCCUCGGGCGGGGAGCGGCCGGGGGUGGAGUGGGAGCGCGUGUGUGUGCGAGUGUGUGCGCGCCGUGGCGCCGCCUCCGCCCGCCCCCCGAUCGGUCCCGCUCGCUCGCCGCGGUCGGGCGGCCCUUUCCUCGAGUCUGUGACUGGAGCCCCAGUCACCGCCCGCCCGUCGGGGACGGAUUCUAGUGGGUGGAAGGAGACGCCGCACCCGGAGCUGCCGAAGCGGCGGGGCGCCGGGACGGAGGACGCGCGCCUGAGAGCCCCGGCUCGCUGGGAUCGGCGCGGGGCUGGGGGCUGGCUUGUCAGCCGGGAAAUGGGAGACUUUCUCAAAUAG